AUGCUCUCGGAGCGUCGGCGGGGAAUCUGCCAGGGACGCCCCAGGGAUGGCCAGGGACGCCCCAGGGACGGCCAGGGACGGCCAGGGAAGGCCAGGGACACCCCAGGGAAGGCCAGGGACACCCCAGGGACGGCCAGGGACACCAUAGGGGAGGCCAGGGACACCCCAGGGGAGGCCAGGGACACCCCAGGGACGGCCAGGGACUCCCCAGGAACGGUCAGGGACUCCCAAGGGACGGCCAGGGACGCCCCAGGGGAGGCCAGGGACACCCCCAGGGACGGCCAGGGACUCUCCAGGGAUGGCCAGGGACGCCCCAGGGACGCCAGGAACGCCCCAGGGACGGCCAGGGACGGUCGGGGACGGCCAGGGACACCUCAUGGACGGCCAGGGACGCCCCAGGGACGGCCAGGGACGCCCAGGGACGGUCAGGGACGGUCAGGGAUGGCCAGGGACACCUCAGGGACGGUCAGGGACGCCAGGAGAGGCCAGGGACGCCCCAGAGACGACCAGGGACACCCCAGGGAGGCCAGGGACACCCCAGAAAAGGCCAGGGACGUCCAGGGACGCCCCAGGGACGGCCUGGGACGCCCCAGGGACGGCCAGGGAUGGCCAGGGACACCCCAGGGACGCCCCAGGGACACCUCAGGGACGCCAGGGACGCCCCAUGGACACCCCAGGGACGGCCAGGGACACCCCAGGGACGGCCAGGGACGCCCCAGGGACACCCCAGGGACGCCCCAGGGACGGCCAGGGACACCCCAGGGACGGCCAUGGACGCCCCAGGGGACAUCCCAGGGACGCCCCAGGGACGCCAGGGACGCCCCAGGGAACAAUUCCACCAAACAUUUAAGAAGAUUAAGAGUUACAAUAAGCACUGAGACACACUCAGGUCGACGACAUCAAGAUGUGAGAGUUACCAGAGAACUCUUGCUCUUGAACCCCUCUACAGCAGUCACUGAGAGCUCUUGA